GGGUCAGGGCUUCCCUUGCCAGAGCAGAGAGAGGGAAGGAGACGUUGAGAGAGAGAGAGAGAGGGAGAAGGAGACGUUGGGUCAGAGCAGGUUGAGACUUUGUUACCUGUAACAUUUCUCCCCCAAACACAAACUGUAAGAAAGUCACCUGUAACUUUCUUACAUUUUACACAAGUUACGGGCAUCCAAACGGCCCCUUAAACCCUAAACCCUCGUCUCUCGCUCUCUCUGUCUCUCUCAAUAUCAGUCAAUCCAGCCUUCAAUGGCGGAGCUGAAGCUUUCCGAAAGCAGGGAUCUGACCCGGAUCGAGCGUAUCGGGGCUCACUCUCACAUCAGAGGCCUGGGCCUCGACUCCUCCCUCAACCCCCGCUCCGUCUCCCAGGGCAUGGUCGGUCAGCCCUCCGCUCGCAAGGCUGCCGGUCUCAUCCUCAACAUGAUCCAGCAAGGCAAGAUCGCUGGCCGCGCCGUUCUCCUCGCUGGCCAGCCCGGCACCGGCAAGACCGCCAUCGCCACCGGCCUCGCCAAAUCCCUCGGCCCUGACACUCCCUUCGCCUCCAUCUCCGCCUCCGAGCUCUUCUCCCUCGAAAUCUCCAAGACUGAGGCUCUCACCCAGGCCUUCCGCCGUGCCAUUGGCGUCCGCAUCAAGGAAGAGACUGAGGUCAUCGAGGGGGAGGUCGUUGAGGUCCAGAUCGACCGCCCCGCUGUCUCCGGUGCUGCGUCCAAGACCGGCAAGCUCACCCUUAAGACGACCGAGAUGGAGACUGUCUAUGACCUUGGUGCCAAGAUGAUCGAGGCGCUGGGGAAGGAGAAGGUCCAGAGCGGGGAUGUUGUGGUGAUCGACAAGGCGUCAGGGAAGAUCACGAAGCUCGGUCGGUCCUUUGCUAGGUCAAGGGAGUACGAUGCUAUGGGCCCACAGACAAAGUUCGUGCAGUGCCCUGAUGGGGAAUUGCAGAAGAGGAAGGAGGUCGUGCACUGCGUUACACUGCAUGAGAUUGAUGUUAUCAACAGCAGAACGCAAGGAUUUUUAGCGCUCUUCACUGGUGACACUGGUGAAAUCCGUGCUGAAGUGAGGGAACAGAUUGACACGAAGGUUGCAGAGUGGAGGGAAGAAGGGAAGGCCGAGAUUGUCCCCGGCGUCCUAUUCAUUGAUGAGGUGCACAUGCUCGACAUCGAGUGCUUCUCGUUCUUAAACCGCGCAUUAGAAAAUGACAUGGCCCCCAUCUUGGUUGUCGCCACCAAUCGUGGGAUCACGACCAUCCGGGGCACAAACUACAAAUCCCCGCAUGGGAUCCCGAUCGAUUUCCUUGACCGCCUCCUCAUCAUCACAACACAACCCUACACCGAGGAAGAGAUCCGUAAGAUCCUCGACAUCAGGUGCCAAGAGGAAGAAGUGGAGAUGUCGGAAGAUGCAAGAGUCCUACUAACAAAGAUUGGCGUUGAGACCUCUCUGAGGUAUGCAAUUCAUCUGAUUACGGCAGCGUCAUUGGCUUGCCAGAAGCGGAAGGGGAAGGUGGUGGAGAUGGAGGAUAUUAGCAGGGUGUAUCAGCUCUUCCUCGACGUGAAGAGAUCGACUCAGUACUUGGUGGAGUAUCAGAAUCAGUACAUGUUCAGUGAAGUGCCGAGGGAGGGAGAGGAAGACGAUGCCAUGCAUUCAUGAUUUGGGUUUUGAAGCAGAUGGUGGCGCUUGCACGAAGCAGGGGUGAUUGGAGGUUAGGCAGUAGAGGUUGGUAUAUACUUAUCACUGUUAUUUCUUUGUACAAUGACUGAUACUGAUUGUGGGAAUUGCGUUGGCAGAAGAUGCAUGGAAAUGCAUGGUGUGAGAUAUUUUGGGGUUUUCCGAUGAGUCUGCAUCGUUCGUCUCUCCAUCGGUUGUUGCUAAUUGUUGCUAAGCGAAAGGCGGAGGGUAAUUAUCUGUACUUGCACAACUUUGUUUUCCAUGUAUGAUAAUGUGGCAUACAUGUGAUAUUAGGGCAGCAUCAUUCAGGCUUAA